UCCGGUUUAAUGUCAAAAUGACGGUGUUGAAUAAAAUCAGUUGAGGUUUGAUAAUAAUUGAGACAUGGACGAAGAAGACGAUCCUUCUCACCAUAGCGAGCUAAGCGAAGAGCCAAGCUUCUACCCAAAUUCAGAGACAUCUUCAUGUACAAGUAUUUCCAAUCCGCAUUAUGAUGGGCCGUAUCAGCUUCAGGAUCGAGAGGUGUCCUCGAGAGAAUUGGAAAAUGAAACCAACUGUACCGAAAUUAACACUGAUGACCAUGAUCAUGGACGAAAAUCUAAACCUGAACCUAAGUAUCGCGUGAAAACCCCUACAAGUCCUCCAAAAAGCAAACGGAAGAAUGAAGUUGUCAUGGUCAUCUUUGACUUUAGUUAUUUGCUCACAUGUGCCGGUAUUCUUCGUGUAUUACAAGUCAUCUUGUCAUUGAUGACACUGGUGUGCCUGGUAACGUCUGGUGGAUAUGAAGGUGGACUUCUCAACCUGCCGCUCAGCUGGCAUUUCCGUAUCAUGAUUUUUGUGCUCAUCCUCACUCUACUCUUCAGCUUCCUCUCCAUCCUUGCCAACAUCACUAGCCUUGUUUUCGUCUUCCCUUUUGAAUGGACUUUCAUUGACUUGAUACUGUAUUCAGUAUUUGCCUUUCUGUACCUGGUGGGAACGUCCCUCGUUGCUAGUGCUUUUGACUUCUAUAUCAAGAUGCGGACCAAUGUAUCUCAAGAAACCAUUCAUCAACUGGUUGUGUGUGUGGUAUUUGGCUAUAUCUGUAUGGCAUUUUAUGGUCUAACAGCUCUGUGCAGCUACAGAACAUGGAAGGUGCAGUAUCGACUGUAUCAGAGGAGGAGACUUCUUGAAGAGGAUGAAAUUGAUAUCUGAGAUCUGAGAAAACAAACUGUGCAAGAAACAAGAAGUCAUUUAACUUGUUUUGUUUGAUGCUGAUACCCAGGCAUGAUUCAGCCUCCCAGUCAGCUAUUUACCUACAAACAUGUCUCAACUUUAACAGUAUUGAAGAACAAGCUUACAUGCAUUGUUAUCAUGGUUAUACACCAGUUCUGUUCAGUUUGUACCCUUAUCCUAUAUAAUGCUUUAGUUGUAGUUACUUCCUGGCACAUAUCCUCAAAGUAUGUAUCUGACAUAUAUAUGUCAUGAGUUUCACAUACAAUUUACAUUGGUAUUUUUUGUUUUAUAUAUGAUACAAUUAUUGAAAAAACAACAAACUUUACUUCUUUACCAUAUGUAUUUACCAUAUAAAUGUUGACAUACCUGUUUGUUUAUAAACAGAUAAGUCCUUGUGCAAUGUAUGUUACUAUAUUUUUCAUUUUUGACUGUCUUCCAUCUUAAGCCUUUUCUCAGCCACCAAGUUGAAAUAUUUUGUAGUAAGCAACUGCUGAAGUCUCCAGUAUAUCAUUAUACAUUCAGGGUAUUUGUAUAUCCUUUGACACUGCUUGGUUCCAAAACACCAUAUUGUCAGCAAGGAAUGAAGUGCAUGCCAUAAAAUGAAGACGAAGGAAAACUUGUAGAUGACAGAUUGAUUUGCUAAACAUUCUGGGUUAUAUUGUGCAGAUGUGUUACACAUUUAAUAUAUUUUCAAUUUCAAGAUCUAAGUACUUAAUCAGAGAAUCUUAUUGAGUGAAUCAUUAGAAACAUGGUUACUCCACAAGUUGGGCUGUUGUUUCAAGCCACCAUGGCCUGGUCAGGACUAAUGCUCAAACUAUUGUCUAGUAAGAAAAAGUUUUUAAUGGAUCAUUACUUGUUGACCAAAUGGCGAUUUUUGUGCCACUGUAGUAGUCCCAUAUCUUCAAAGUGCUCUUGUUUCUGAGCAGCAGGGCUCCAGAUAAGGGCCGUAUCGGCAUUAUGUAAUCACAUAUUUAUCUGAAAAAGUAUUGUUUUAUUGAUUAUAGACCUGUUAACACAAGAGUUGCAAUGUUGUCGUGCAUAUAUGAAACGAAACACAAGAUUACUGAUACUCCAUUAAAUUCCAUUCAGUACUCUAAAUGUACUCUUAUGAUUUUCAAGUAUUCCUGUAUUGAAAAAUAAGGAGUACGUACUCCUGGUGAUAAAAAAUUAUCUGGAGCUCUGGAGCAUUGAGUCCACAAAGGUGGACAUUUUGAGUUGUGUAGGUGUGUGUCUAUUGGAGAUUAAUCUUUGGGAACUGAUACAGUGCAGAAACUUUUAAUUAUAAAGUUUUACCUCUUGACAAGACAAACCUUUAAUUCAAGAUUCAAGCAUAAAUAAUGGUGAAUGCUAAUUCUCAUUAUUUAUGAUAAACAAUUAUGAACCUUUCAAAGAAGACUUAAAUGUAUGCAGGUAUUGGCUGACUGUUACAAAGAAAUGAGAAUGUUUUUUUUAGUUUUGGGGAUUUUUUUUUUUUUACAAUUUUUUUAUAUCAUGUCAGGAAGAGCCCCACCUUUAUUCAUGUUAUACACUAUGUAAUCUGCUGGGUCUUUGAUUUUAUAACCAUUAAGCUGAUGGUUACUGUGACUUUCUAGUCUACAAGCUAAAUACAAAGUCAAGUGUUUUUUAAUAUAUUUUUAUUACUUACAUGUGUUGCCUCUGUAUUAUGCUUAUACAUAUCGUUAAUGAGUUUGUUCGUUCUUGCCUUCAACGUCCAGGUUAUGUUGUGAUAUAUUAAUGUACUUGACUGUUUACUGAUACAGUAUUUCAGCUGUAAAACUCAUCAGUAUUUUGUUGUGAACACAUUUAAUUUUAGUGUUAGACUAGGUAUCGUGCUUGCAAGAGGCAUGUGUCCAGUUGAGGCCUUCACCCAUCUAGGGACCAAUAACUGAAAAUAACUAAUGAGUUAAUACUGAUAAAUGAAGGAAGGCAACUGUUAUGAAGACAUUGUUGUGAUGGUUAUCAGUUGUCGCAAUCC